AAGAAGUUAGACCUGGCGGCCGCUGCGGCUCACACCUUCUUUGUAGCAAACCCAGACCACUUGCAGAUGAGAGAGGACAUGGCAAAGUAUAGACGCAUGUCUGGGGUUCGGCCUCAGAGUUUCCGGGACCUUGAGACACCCCUGCAUUGGGCGGCCUAUGAUGCCAGCCUGGAGCUGGUGGAGCGCCAGGAAGCGGGGCUGGCACUGCCCAGGCUGGAGGAGGCCCUGCAGGAGACCCUAGCUCAAUUGGAGACCUGCCGCGCUGGCUGCCAGGGGCCUGAAGAGCAACAGGAAGAGGAGGAAGAGGAGAAGAAGGAAGAUGAAGAAGGGGCCGGGGGUCCCGGGGGCCUCUACGAAGCCGUUGCGGGGCACUGGAUUCGGGUCCUGCUGUGCCGACAGCGCUGUGUGGCGGACACGGCCACCCGCCCCGGGCGCAGCCAUCCUGUUCCUGACUUCCUUCCUAACCAGCUAAGGAGGCUACACCAGGCACACGCUCAGGUGGGAAAUCUGUCUGAGGCUGUGGAAAAUGUCCUGAGCGUUCUGCUCUUCUACCCGGAUGACGAGGCCGCCAAACAAGCUCUGAGCCAGUACCAAGCUGAGCUCGGGGAGCCCAGACCAGGCCUUGGACCCAGGGAGGAUAUCCAGAACUUCGUCCUUCGGUCCCUGGGGGAGAAGAGACAGCUUUACUACGCCAUGGAACAUCUUGGUGUCAAUUUCCAGGACCCUGACGCGGCUGGGGCUGGAGCCAGGUCUGGCUACCGUGGUCGCCGGUCCCCCCACACCCCCCAUGAGUAUUUCGAGGGGCUCACGGUGCUGAAGGCGGCCCAGCUGGCCAGGGCGGGGAGUGUGGGAAGCCAGGGCGUAAGGCUCCUUCUAGAAGCGGGUGAGCGCGUGAGGAAGGUGACGCAGGCCUACUUCUCCCCAGAGCGACCCUUGCACCUCUCCUUCACCCACCUGGUGUGCCGCAGUGCCGUCGAAGGGGAGCAAGAUCAGCGCAUGGAUCUGAGCCACCCUGUCCACGCAGACAACUGUGUCCUGGACCCCGACACCGGGGAGUGCUGGCCAGAGCCCCCAGCCUACACCUACCGAGACUACAGUGGCCUUCUCUACCUCAACGAUGACUUUAAAGGGGGGGACCUGUUCUUCACGCAGCCCAACGCGCUCACUGUCACGGCUCAGGUUCGCCCCCGCUGCGGUCGCCUGGUGGCCUUCAGCUCCGGCGGGGACAAUCCCCACGGGGUGUGGGCCGUGACCCGCGGUCGGCGCUGCGCCCUGGCGCUGUGGCACACGUGGGCCCCCGAGCACCGGGAGCAGGAGUGGACAGAAGCCAAAGAAUUGCUGCAGAAGCUAAAGGAGGAAGAGGAGGAGAAAGAGGAGGAGGAGGAAACGCCAGGCAGAGACCCUUUCCCAGAACCCCCCAGCCACAAACUUCAACGUGUGCAAGAAACAAAUGCGGAGCCACGGAGGGCCCGAGAGGAGCUGUGAGUGGCCGAGCCAGCUGCACGGGUCCUGGGCCUCGCAAGCCGGAGAAGGACCCAUGAGAAGCAUCCAGCAGGACGCCAUCUUGGGAAUCUCUCAGAUCUGCCCUCAUCAAACACCGCUUGGAUGUCACCCAGCGCUUCUGGGGCCCGGCCCCCCCCCCAGACUGACAGAUCUUGGACAGACAGACAUGACACCUCCCUAGGGAAGAAAUGACAAAGGAGAGGAGGGGGGGAAAGAGGCCGAUGGCGUGAACUUUUAGCCUGGUGCUGGUGGCUGUCAUCCCAGCUACUCAGGAGGCUGAGAUCUGAGGAUCACAGCCGGAGGCCCAGUCUG